AGGUGCAUUGUGGGAGGUGAGGGCUCUGCAGGGGGACAGGUGAUGUACCAGUCCAGUGGGAGGUGCAUUGUGGGAGGUGAGGACUCUGCUUGGGGACAGGUUAUAAAAGCCCCGUGCAGAGUCUUCCUCGGGAUCAGAGGGAGAUACUUCCUGAUAUACUAACCAUAAUCCUUCUGGACUGUCUUGGACCGUGACUCCCCUUGUGAAGGAUAUUGAACAGAGAGAGGACUAGGAGUCUUCUCAAGUCACUGCAGCCAUGACAGACAAAGACAUCGAUGUGAAGAAGCCCAAAAGAAAGGUGGAUGUCUGCGGGUAUCCUCUCAGUAUCUUCUUCAUCGUGGUCAAUGAGUUCUGCGAACGUUUCUCCUACUAUGGCAUGCGAGCGGUGCUGGUCCUGUACUUCAGGUACUUCCUGAAGUGGGACGAUGACCUGGCCACCUCUAUCUAUCACACCUUCAUCGCUCUCUGCUACCUGACUCCUAUACUGGGAGCCAUUGUGGCCGACUCCUGGCUUGGGAAGUUCAAGACUAUUGUCUAUUUAUCCAUCGUCUAUACGGUGGGACAGGUUGUCAUGGCAGUAAGCGCCAUACACGACAUCACAGACACGGACAGGGACGGGACCCCUGACAACAUGACCUUCCAUGUGGCCAUGUCUAUGGUUGGCCUGUUCCUCAUCGCUCUGGGGACAGGGGGCAUCAAACCCUGUGUCGCUGCCUUCGGAGGAGACCAGUUUGAAGACCACCAGGAGAAACAGAGGAGCACGUUCUUCUCCAUUUUCUACCUGUCAAUCAAUGCUGGUAGUCUCCUGUCCACCGUCAUCACACCCAUCCUCAGAGGCCAGGAGUGCGGUAUCCACUCCCAACAGAAGUGUUAUCCUCUGGCCUUCGGCGUCCCUGCAGCCCUCAUGGUGGUGGCUCUCAUCGUGUUCAUUAUGGGCAGUGGCAUGUACAACAAGACUGCUCCUAAAGGCAACAUUAUGCUGGAGGUCUGCAAGUGUAUCGGGUUUGCCGUAAAGAACCGCUUCAGGCAUCGCAGCAAGAAGUUCCCUAAGAGAGAACACUGGAUGGACUGGGCCGAUGAGAAGUAUGACAAAUUGCUGGUGGCCCAGGUGAAGAUGGUGCUGAAAGUUCUGUUUCUCUACAUCCCCCUUCCCAUGUUCUGGACUCUGUUUGACCAACAGGGCUCCAGAUGGACCCUCCAGGCCACCACCAUGGACGGAAACUUUGGAAUUCUCACUGUGCAGCCAGAUCAGAUGCAGACUGUCAACCCAAUCCUGAUCCUGGCCCUGGUUCCCAUCAUGGACAGCCUGGUCUACCCUCUCAUAAAGAAAUGCCACCUGAACUUUACGCCUCUGAAGAGGAUGACAGUGGGGAUGCUGAUUGCUGCGUUGGCUUUUGUAGCUGCAGCCCUGCUGCAAUUACAGAUUGAUCAAACCCUUCCCAAGCUGCCCCAAGGUGUUGCAGGCCAGGUCAAGUUCCUGAAUCUCGACAGCGCCCCUCUGACUCUUACUAUCGAUGGGACUAUCGACGUGUCUGUCCCAGCUCACCAGGUGAAUACUGGGGACUACUUGACGUUUGACAAAUCAGUCAGAGUCGUGUUCAACAAGAACACGUCAACGGGGACUGGUCUGACCUUAAUGUCACAGACACGACGUACAGCCCUGGUUUCUCCAACCCUGGAUAUGAACCUGGUUUACGACUUGAGCAAGAAGCCCGACGACGGCAUGAACGCCAUCAGAUUUGUGAACGGUUUGGGCAGUGUGUUGAACGUUACGUUGGGAGUUGGCGACAUCGCUCCUCUGUCCGUCUCCAACUACAGUCUGGUUCCACAGGGAAAGGCGGAGUUUACCAUCAUGGACAGUGGGGGCGCAUCAUGUCUGUACUCUAAAGAGCUGGGCUUUGGCAGCGCCUUCACCCUCGUCAUACCGUCCACGUUCACCAUCGGAAGCCCUGAUUGUUGGCAGGCCAUCCAGGUGGUGGAAGACAUCCAGCCCAACACCAUCCACAUGGGCUGGCAGAUCCCCCAGUACUUCCUCAUGACAGCAGGCGAGGUGGUGUUCUCUGUGACUGGCCUGGAGUUCUCCUACUCACAGGCACCUAGCAACAUGAAGUCGGUGCUGCAGGCUGGUUGGCUGUUCACCGUCGCCGUGGGCAACAUCAUAGUGCUGAUUGUUGCCGAGGCAGCACAGCUCCCAGAUCAGUGGGCAGAAUACAUCCUGUUUGCCUCUCUCCUUGUGGUGGUGUGUAUUGUGUUCGCCAUCAUGUCCUACUUCUACACCUACACUGACCCAGCGGAGAUCGAGGCCGAGUUACGCCAGCCGGAACACGAGCCGGAGGAGAAGAAGAAGAAGAGAGAUCAGGUUGAGAUGGAGAGAAAGGACUCAGACUGCAGUAAGAGCAGCAAGGGUUCUGACAAGAAGAAGAAGGAUUCAGUUGUUGAGCAACUUAACCAAGAAGUCAAACAGAGCAAGAUGUAAAACUCCCCAUUCACACCACUUCCUCCUCCACUUCCUCCUCAUUAACCAAUUUUAACAGGUCUCGGAGAGAGAACCAUUGGAACUUAAUCUUAUAAACAUUAAUCAUUCGAUACAGCUUUAUGAGUAAAUUCUGACUUUGAUAUUGUAAAUAAUUUUUUACAAUGAUUUAUUUUGCACCAUGUAGCAAAAGCAACAUAAUGAAUGUAUUUUUGCUUAUCCUAUUUUAUUAGAAAGAGGACAUACUGAAUGAAUGACCAUUCCAGCAUUCCUAUUCAUUUCCCAGUACAGUGUUGUGUGUACUGGAGAUAUAGUUGUUUUGGGUUUGAUGUUGCCAGAGAGUCUUGGUAUUAAUUCCACACCAAGUUGAGUCCCUGGCAGUCAUGUGCUUCAAUAAAGAGGAUGAGUCUUA